GUUACUUCAUCUCGUCGUACCAUGCCCGACCAGGAUUGGGGACGAGUGCUGAUAUGUGGUGGAACUGAUUGGGUGCGGCUGGGCAAGAAGAAUGCGAAAAGUAACGACGAAACCCCAGAUCUUGCGGAGCCACACAUUCUGAGGUCUUUGGCGAAUGUCAAGAUAGUUAGCAUCCAUACUAGUGGCCAUGCUUGCCACGCAGUCCUACUCGAUGUGGAUGGCGCAGCUUGGUUACUUGGCCGCAACGUAUCAAGUGCUUUAGGCUUGCCUUCCCAAACAGAGUCUAUCUCUGAACAUGCCCCAAAGCGUCUGACCCCAUCUGAACUUGGCGCACCUCCAGGAACAAAAUUUGUUCAUGCUGCUUGUGGGCGGAACCACACCCUUCUCGUUGACUCCGACGGAGAGCUCUGGACUGCAGGUGUAAACACUGUCGGCCAGUGCGGCCACCCCACUUCAUCGGAAGUUGCGACCUUCAAAACUGUUGCAGUCAUUUCCAAGGCUGGAAUCAAAGAACAUGUAGCCCAAGCAGCGGCUGGCAUCACAUUUAGUGCUGUAAUCACAACUUCAGGCAAAGUUUACACCUUCGGCAGCGGUGAAAAGGGCCAGCUUGGCAACGGACGGACUGGAGAAAGGAUCAUUACUGGAAACAAAGUCGCAUUCGAAGUCGUCAGCGACCCUAUUGAAAUCGAGGGCUUUGAGAGCAAAGUCACACAAAUAUCGGCGGGGCCGCAACAUUGCAUAAGCCUUGACUCUACAGGACUUGUCUAUGUUUGGGGCUAUGGUGGCUACUGCCGUCUGGGCUUGGGGAAUCAAGUCGAUGAACUGCGUCCGAAAAUUGUUCCUAAUUUCGCCGGGAACAAGGAACUUUUGAGAGGAGCUAUCGUCUGUGCUGGACCGUCGAACAGUGUUGUAGUCGAUCGGCAAGGCAUGUACUGGAUGGCUGGAAAGUGGAAAAACACCGGUGAAGGCUCUUCGGGUUCCCCAUACUCCUCUUUCCGAUAUAUGCAAGACAUAAUGGCUUGCAAAGUGACUUUCGUGGCUUGUGGUGGCGUAACUCAUUGGGUGAUCACUGACGACGACGACGUUGAAGGACAAGUCAUGACAGUUGCAUGGGGCCAGAACGCAGCAAACUACGAACUUGGUCUUGGUCCUGACGAACCAAAAAGUGCCACUAAACCUACGAAACACGUUCCUCUCAGUGGAGUGGAUGUCCUCGAGCUCGCAGCGGGUCAGAACACGACAUUCUUUCUUGUGAGACCCAACGAAAAAUACUCUGACCUCCCGAGACACCCUGAAGUCGACAAUGUUCCCGAAACAUGUGUCGAAUGUGGUAUUGACCAUGGUGAUGAUGGACCAGAAGUGCUGGAGUGUGAAAAGUGUGAUGCGCCAUAUCAUAUCUCCUGCCUAUUGCCGCCUCUUGCGAGUGUGCCUGACGGUGAGUGGUUCUGUGCCGACUGUGAAGAGAACCCUGGCGCAUCGGUGGGUGCCGCAGCCAAGAAACUGCAGGCAAGGUCACUCAAACGAAAAGGAGACCCGCCCUCCAGCCCUACCACGUCAAAGAAACAAAGACAAUAG